AUUUGCUUGACCAGCUAUAUAUACAUUUUUUGGAUAAUUUUAUACUUUGUCAUUUUGAGUUUUAGUCGUGUCGAUAGAUGGCAGUAAAUUUACUGUGACUACAAAAUUUACAAUGACAGGACCCCUCUAUACUAUCUAUUCUUUUUGCGCAUAUUGACCAUAAUGUACAGUCAACUGUAAAAAUAUGGGUGUACACUGUACAAGUACAAAUCAUCUCAAAAAUAUGUCCCAUAACUUAUUUCAGUGAAUUGAGAACUAUGGGAGAUAUUUUUGAGUAGGUUGUCUACACCCAUAUUUUUACAGUUGACUGUACGUUCCCGUACAGCGCCAUCUGCACCAGCUGUCAGAUUUGAAGAGACUUUAGAACUCUUUUAAUUCUUUUAUAAUUAGUAAGUCUUUGAUGUAAAUGAAGUGUUAGCAUUUAUGUAUAUUGUUUUGGUGUAGGCGCUGGAUGGAUGACUAGGUUCUAGGUUUCAUUUAUACCAAGUCUUUUUGAAAAAAAAAAAAAAAUUAUAUAAAAUAAGGAAUGACAAUUAAAGUAGACUGUGAUGUAUGGUGAAAUACAUUUAGCGCUUCAAACCAUAGUUAUCAAAUCGUCAGGUGACAAGCAAAAGUCACUAAUUACUAAAAAAAAAUUAAACAAAAAUCGACCUUCUUUUGGUACUAAUAUGUUGUGCUAGAGGUGCUGGUGGUACUUAAGUGACUUUUGCUUGUCACCCGACGAAAUUAUGUACGGGGUCUUACAGCGCCAUCUAUUUCGGCUACAAUAUUAAUAAUAUUUUUACACGUCUGUAUUCUUUAAUCUAGAUUCAAUAAAAUUAAAAUAAAACCAUUUAAAAGGUUUUUCCUAAAGUUAUUCUAUUUUUAUUACCUACUAUAAAUGAUAUAAAUAUACUUUGGGUGUAAAGUAUAUUUUAAAAUGAAGUAUCGUCAUGUCUAGGAAUUCUUUUAGGUUGGAUUUAAAAUGCAAUCAUAGAAACCUGCGUCCUAACAUUCAGCCAGCCAAAUGUAUAUUGUUCGUUAUAAGUAUGUCUAUAUCCGUACCAGUAUAGUCUUCGUAUACUGUACCAGCUGCAUUGAAGUCAUCGAUUAAGUGUUGUAGUGUCGCUUGUAUGUAUUGCAUUCCUUUGUAUAUCUUACUGUAUCGCUUAUAGCUAUUGUAUAAAUAUAUUAAAUCAGUAUCAACCGGCGGAGUUGUUAAAAUGUGAAUGUUGUAUAAUAUGCAUUAGUAUAGGGAUUGUAAAAAAUGAACUAUCAAGAGAUCGCUAAAGUAACGGCGUUAAAUGGUUAGAGAAGAUAGAAAUGUAAACGCCUUGGUCACCGGAAAGUUGUUGUAAACAAGAUAUAUUACAAUUAUAGAGUAGUGUACAAUUUUAUUGAAUUUGUGUGAAAACGAUUUGUAUCAUAAGAUUACUGUAAAAGUAUUUAUCAUUUAUUUUAGUCAUACGGAAUGUCCCGAGCGACUCGCUCGCUUGUAAAUAUAAUUUCUCGUUCCGCGUUUUACUAUCCUCAAUAUCUGAAGCUUGAUAACCCCACUGAAAUACAUUUCGGUCCAAUUUUGAAGUACUUUUCACCAUUGUAUUUACCUAUUUAUAUGUUUCUUAAAGUUUAUACAGUAAUGCUUAAAUAUUAUUGUAGAAAUAUGUACAAUAAAUUUAUUUCAAAAUUUAAUUUGUAUUUUUCCUGAUAUAGUUAUCCCCUAAAAUGCUUCACUAUCAAGUUUAUCAGAAAAUCGAUACGUGUCUAUGAAAUAGAACAGUCGCACCGCGGCCGCGGUGAUAACUGAUAACAGUGAUAACGCGUAACGCACGCGACACACUCGUUCCUUGUUCUGUCCGAGAGUUCUUAUUCCCAAAAUCUUUCCUUCGCUUUACGAUACCGCAUACCUGCGGCUGCGGCCCUUCUCAGCGGGGCUCCGUGCCCGUGCCGGCCCUCCUCCCGCCCCUCGCGUCACUCCGGCCCGAGUCGUCGACCCACGAGCACGUUCGCGCCGAGCCGCGCCGCGCGCGUAAACAUUCUCGAGUACAAUGAAAACAUUCUAACUCGUCUUCCAACAUGAAGUGCUUCGCGAUUCUGUUAGUGACUGUGGUGACCGGCGCCGCCUCCGAGGCGUCCGUGCGGACAUGUGAACCUAUCAAAGUGGCGAUGUGCAAGAAUAUAGGGUACAAUCAGACCGGCAUGCCGAACUUAGCGCGACACACGUUGCAGGCGGACGCCGAUGUGACACUCCAGACCUUCAGUCCGCUCGUGCAGUACGGCUGUUCCUCGCAGCUUCACCUGUUCCUGUGUGCGGUAUACGUGCCGAUGUGUACGGACAAAGUCGCGCUUCCCAUCGGCCCGUGCCGAGGGCUCUGCGAGAGCGUCUACUCCCGCUGCUACCCCGUGCUGAGAGGGUUCGGCUUCCCUUGGCCGGCCGAGCUGGACUGCAGCCUGUUCCCCGCCGAGAAUAAUCACGAGCACAUGUGCAUGGAGGGUCCCGGGGAGCGCGCGCCGCCCGUCGGCGUCAUCCCCGACUCCGGGUCGGGCGGCCCGACCGGGCGCGGCGCGUGCCGCCGGCUGAUCAAGCCGAACAGCUGGGUGUGGGUGCGCGGGUCCGGGCGCUGUGCUCAGUUCUGCGACGCCGAAGUGUUGUGGGAGAACGGCGAGCGGCGGGCGGCCGAGGUGUGGCUGGCGACAUGGGCGGCGCUGAGCUUCGCCUGCACGCUGGCGGCCGUGGGCGCGCAGCUGGCGUGCGGCGAGCGCGGCGGCGCCGGCGAGCGGGCGCUGGUGCUGGUGGCGCUGUGCCGGUGCGCGGCGGCGGCGGGCUGGGGCGUGCGCGCGGCCGCCGGGCGCGCGGCGGCGGGCUGCGCCAAGGACUCGACGUCGCCGGCGCGCCUGCUGCUGGCGCACGACGGGCUCGCCAACCCCAACUGCGCAGUCGUCUUCCUGCUGCUCUACUACUUCGGUCUUGCUGCAUCUGUUUGGUGGGUAGUGGUAGCCGGCGCGUGGCGCGCGAGCGUACUGCGCCCGCCGACCGGCACGGGCCGGGGCGACCACUCGUCGCUGCUGCAACUAGCGGCGUGGGGCGUGCCCGCGGCGCUGGCCGCCGCCGUGCUCGUCACCAGGGACGUCGACGCCGAUGAACUCACUGGUACUUGUUUCGUUGGGAACCAGUCGAGUAAAUCGCUAUUGGCGCUGGUGAUCAUCCCGGAAGCGAUCUGCCUGCUCCUGGGUUGCGUGUUUCUGUCGUCGGGACUUCGGGCGGUGCUGCGGCGACCGGCGCCGGUGCCCGCUCCAUCUGCUCUGCUGAAUGCGCCUCCUCAGCCGCAUACGGACCAGAGUGUGUUAAGACUGGGAGCGUUCGCAGCGCUAUACGCGGUGCCAUCGGCUUGUAUACUCGCUACAUGGGUGUACGAGUACGCAUGGAGAGACGAGUGGCUGUCCACGCCGAUGCCGUCCUCGGAGCCGUCGACGCACGCGCGGCCGGCGUUCUGGGUGUUUCUGUUCCGAAUUUUCGCGACGCAGAUACUAGGGGUGAUGGUUGCCGUGUGGAUAGCGACGCCGCGGCUGAAGGCGCUGUGGCGGCGGCUUAGCGGGCCGCAGAAGCCGGCGGCGAGCAAGUGCCCGCCGGGGCCGCCGCCGACGCCGAUGACGCUGCACUGCUACGCGGCGCACGCGCACACGCUGCCUCGGCACACGCACAAGUACGCCACGUACCGCCCGCCGCAGCAGCACUCCUACAGGAAACCGCGGCACUACCACUACUCGGCGGGUGAAACGAUUCUUUGACCGCGAAAAUGUGAACGAUUUUGGACGUUACUCGUUAUUAAGGGUGCCUUUCGUAUGCAUUUACUGUUAUAAGUGUAGAUAGACAGAUACGAGAAAUAAAGUACCUAUAGGUUGAUAUGUACCUCUAGGUAAGCGAUAGGUCUGUAAAAUUCAUAAGUGCCAUUGAAGCUUAAUCUUAAUGCAUAAUAUUUAUAAUUAAAUAAUAAUAUAAAUAAGGUCAACAAACAUCAUUACGAUUAAAAUUAUUAAUGACAAAUUUAAUUUAUUUUAAAUAAAGUUUCGAAGGAAAUAAGUGCCUCGCAUAUUACUAAUCGAGUUUUUUUUUACAAAGCUGUAAUAUCUGUUUGAUACAUACAUUAUUAUAUGAUAUGUAUAUACAUGUAAGCAAUUAUAAUUAAACAAAUAAAUAAAUAUGUAAGUAGAUGUAAAUAUAAACUUAUCAAAUUGUACAGUGGUUUAGGUUAAGAAUACGCUAUAGUUUUGCCAGAGACGAGCAAACACAAAGACUACAAAUUUGCGAAGCAUCAUCAUCAUCAUCAUCUCAGCCAUAAGACGUCCACUGCCGAACAUAGGCCUCCCCCUUGGACCUCCAUUCGUACCGGUUGGAAGCGACCCGCAUCCAGCGUCUUCCGGCGGCCUUAACAAGGUCGUCCGUCCAUCUUGUGGGUGGACGUCCUACGCUGCGCUUGCUAGUCCGUGCGAAGCAUCACUUGCCAAUAAAAAUUAUGAAUAUACCCAUAGCGCUUUGAUUAUUACUUUACUCGUCUUUGGUUACACUAAGAAGGCUGUAAAACUUGUAAAUAAAAUAAGACACUAAUUAGGGUAGGUAACUGAUAUUUCAUAAACAUUGUCCUUACUUUCUG